UAUGUCUCUCACCCCAGGAAUGAUGUUUGUAGUAGCCACCCACUCUUCCACCACAUUCAAGAACUGGCCAAGGUUACACAAAGACUACUCGAUAUAUGUGCAAGCCAAGGUCCUGUAUGAGAAGGUAUAAAUCUAUGUGGAAGGAUGCAGACGCAUAGAUCUCUUGUGUUGUGACCUGACCUUAACACCAGGAGCCCCAUUAAAAAAGAUGACCCCAAUGGAUCGAUUGCGCCUCUUGAGACUCCCAUCACUAUUGACGAGUCCCUCUCUCCCUCUCUUUCCCUAUCUGUGUGCACGCUGUCUGGUUCAGCUGUGCUCACUUGCACUGUGCAGAGUGGACAGGACAGAGCUGUUCUAAGUGGAGUGCUCAACUCAUCCACAUGACUGUUGAGCAAGCAGGGGAACAGAGUGGAUAAAGAGAAAUCAACAGAGAAGACCGGAUUUAAAAAAAAGCAGAUUGCAAAGCGGAAUUGUUUUCCCUCAUUGAACUGAAGCGACGGUGUGGAUGGUGAUUGUAAAACAGGGCUGCAUGCUCUAUCCCAGGACUAUGGCAGAUAUACUUUGGCUUAUCUACAAUUCAUUAGUAAGCUGGUGCUGGUGCUAAGUUCACCUUGGGCUUGCUGCUGUGACGAGAUCUGAUGCAGUGACACUGACCCGUAACCCCCUGACUCAUCUUGCAGGUUCCCUCAGAGUUGGUCUGGCUUUUGACCCUUGAGAAAGGAACUUGUUUAGUCGGAGAUAAGUCCAGCUGAGCACCAGUCUGGACUGACCCACAAAAUAAGGACGUGCAUCUUGAGAAUCUUUUUCCUCCACUUCUGUGGAUCUGUAGGUCCGAAGAAGUGUGCAGAGAAAAGCCUGCUUUAUAGCGUCUUUGAAGUCAGGACCAUGGGCUCUUUCUGGGGCAGCGUGGCGGUCUUGUGUGGACUGGUUCUACUGAGGAACGAGGGUGAUGGAGCCCAGCAGACCGAAGCCAAUGUCCCACGGCUAAAACUGUCAUACAGAGACAUGCUGGAAUCAAACAACCUUGUGACGUUUGAAGGUCUGGUCAACAGUUCGUCUUACCACACCUUAUUGCUGGAUGAGGAGAAAGGAAGACUGGUUGUGGGAGCCAAGGACCAUAUUUUCUCAUUCAACCUCCUCAACAUCAGCAAAGACGUUGUACAGAUCCCUUGGUUGGCGUCUCCCACCAGAAGAGAUGAAUGCAAGUGGGCAGGAAAAGAUCUCUCGAGAGAGUGUGCAAAUUUUGUGAAAGUGUUGCAGCCAUUCAAUCAGACACACAUUUAUGUGUGUGGAACAGGCGCUUUCCAUCCUGUGUGUUCCUAUCUAGAAGUGGGCAAGAAAUUAGAGGACAGUGUUUUCAGAUUGCUUCACCACACAGAAAACGGCAGAGGAAAAAGUCCCUAUGAUCCGAAGCUGCUCACUGCAUCCAUGCUGAUUGAUGGGGAAUUGUAUGCUGGAACAUCAGCUGACUUCAUGGGGCGGGAUUUUGCUAUCUUUCGUACCCUUGGAAAACAUCACCCCAUCAGGACAGAGCAGCAUGACUCUCGUUGGCUAAAUGAUCCAAGAUUCGUAGGUGUUCAUCUGAUUCCAGAGAGCGACAACCCAGAGGAUGAUAAAAUCUACCUCUUCUUCAGAGAGAAUGCCAUGGAUGGGGAGCAUGCUGGGAAAGCCACACAUGCUCGAAUCGGACAGCUAUGCAAAAAUGACCUUGGGGGUCACAGGAGCCUGGUGAAUAAGUGGACCACCUUCUUAAAGGCGCGACUCAUUUGCUCGGUGCCAGGAAGCAAUGGCAUCGACACACAUUUUGAUGAACUACAGGACGUUUUUCUCAUCAGCACAAAGGAUCCAAAAAGCCCAAUCAUCUAUGGAGUAUUCACCACAUCCAGUAACAUCUUCAAGGGCUCAGCUGUGUGCAUGUACAGCAUGACAGACAUCCGCAGAGUCUUUCUGGGCCCUUACGCUCAUAGAGAUGGUCCUAACUAUCAGUGGGUGCCCUACCAAGGGCGUGUUCCUUACCCACGGCCUGGCACAUGUCCAAGCAACACGUUCGGAGGAUUCGACACAACCAAGGACCUUCCUGAUGAAGUCGUAGUCUUUGCCAGAAGCCAUCCAGCAAUGUUUAAUCCUGUUUACCCAAUUAACAACAAACCAAUCAUAGUUAAAACUGAUGUGGACUACCAGUUCACACAAAUAGUGGUGGAUAAAGUAGAAGCAGAAGAUGGCCAGUAUGACGUCAUGUUCAUAGGAACAGAUAUAGGAACGAUUCUUAAGGUGGUCACAAUCCCGAGAGGCUCGUGGCAUGACCUGGAGGAAGUGCUGCUGGAGGAAAUGACUGUUUUCAGGAAGCCAACAGCAAUUACUGCGAUGGAGCUUUCAACAAAACAGCAACAACUGUACUUGGGCUCAGACAUUGGUGUCUCUCAGAUGUCUUUGCAUCGCUGUGAGGUUUAUGGGAAGGCUUGUGCUGAAUGUUGCUUGGCAAGGGACCCCUACUGUGCAUGGGAUGGUAGCGAGUGCUCCAGAUACUUCCCCAUGGCCAAAAGGAGAACCAGGAGACAAGAUAUCAGGAAUGGAGAUCCUCUCACACAAUGUUCAGAUCUGCAUGACAAACUAAACGGGCAGAAAACUCUGGAGGACAAAACAGUCUAUGGAGUGGAAAACAGCAGCACCUUCCUUGAGUGCAGCCCCAAGUCUCAGCGAGCAUCGACUUAUUGGCAAUAUCAACACUCCCCUGAUGAACACAAACAAGAGAUCAAAUCAGGGGAACGUUUUAUCCGCACAGAGCAGGGUUUGUUGAUCCGCACACUUGACAAAGAGGAUUCUGGAAUUUAUCUGUGCCAGGCUGUGGAGCACGGUUUCAUGCAGACGCUUUUGAAGGUCACCUUAGCGGUGAUCGACACUGAGCGACUUGAGGAUCUGCUCCAGGGAGACGAUGAGGCCACCUCCAACACUUCAGUCCAGGACCUUACACCACCUCGAGAGACACCCAAUCACAAGCUCUGGUACAGAGACUUCCUGUCUUUGGUCAAUCACCCGACUCUGAAUAGCGUGGAUGAGUUCUGUGAGCAGGUUUGGAAGAGGGAGCGGAAGCACAAGAAGCAAAAAGCUCACCUGGUGCAGCAGGCGCAAAUGCAUCAGCAACACCCACAGAAGGUUGUGGGUAACAGCCACAGCCACAUGCACGCUCAAGGGCUAGCUGCCAAGUGGAAACACCUUCAAGAGAGGCAAAAGGGGCGUAAUCGCAGGACCCAUGAGCUGGAGCGAGCCCCCCGCAGUGUCUGAGCUAUAAACCUUGAAUGCGCAAAUCUGAAAGCACACCCCUUGCCUCUCAUUGUGCGAACUUAACUUCAGACUGAGCGAUAGACUCAUUCCAAAGUGACUGGAUUGUAAGUGUAUUUCUUCCUCUGCCAGCUGAUGUUUGGAGUGUUGUAUCACACCGGACCGUUGGAGCAUGUUAUUUCAGCUGGCCGGACAACUGCUUCAGGACAGUAUCAAAUAGCAUAGAAACUGAACACACAAACACACCUCAUAGACAUUGAAUGGCUUCAUACAAGAAUUUAUUUUCUACAACACAAAUGUGAUAGAGCUGGCUCUGGCAUGGCGGUGACAUGGGUUUAAAGUUCAGGUGAAAAGCACAAAUUGAAGUCCGAGUAAGAAGUAAGAAAUCAUCUAAGCGCACGGCAUGACACUGGGAGCAACACAACUAACCACUUCAACAAAGAAGUAGCUACAAAAUGUAAAUACUGUGAUACACUAAAAGGGAGUGUCUUUAUGUUGUUUCUUUCCCCUGAUAGAUUUAUUUAAGGCGAUACCAGUUAUAGUACACAGCUAUUGUACUAGUAUGUGUGUAUGUGCCAUCAAUAAGCUUCACAUGGACAUGUUUUUGAUCAUUUUGUUCCUCAUAGAUUAUUGCCACAGUGUUCCUUAGGAUGCAUCAUCUCAGUGUGGGAGAUGCAACAAAUUAUUCCACGCUUAAUAUAUUCCUCCACUACCUAUAUAUUUAUUGAUGAACUCUUAUUGUCAUUUUUGGAGUGAUAUUUCAGAAUGAGCUGUCAUUGAUUAGCCGUUGUAAUGGACCAAGUAUAUUAUCACAAAUAUUGAUGGAUUCUCUAAUAAAGAGAUACUUGUCAACAUUGGUCAAUAACAAAUGUCAAUUUGAAAUGCACUGAGCAAUAACACAAAACUGUAUCGCUUCCAAGUGGCACAGUCAUGUAACCUUAUUGGAUAUCAUACAAGUAAUGAUAUGAUGCAGAUACACAAGAUGGAAUGUAGCUGUGAACAAUAUGUAAAUAGAUACUCGUCUCCAUGUUUGAUGAUGGUGCGCUAGUGCAUGUGGAUACUGUUGUAGUGUUCCUAUCUCUCAACAGCGGUAAAUACUGGCUGUUAAUUUGUUUGUUUGUACAAGACUAUUCUAGGAUUGUGAAUAUUCUUUCUCCUCUAACUCUUGUGUAUAAAAAUAUGUAAUUAUUAUUUCUGAAGUUAUUAAAGGGGGAGUAUAAAAGAA